GAGUGUCCAGGUGGUGACAGUGCUGAAGCCACCGAGACAGGAAGCUGCAACAGCACCACGGCUUGUCGAGGAGUGGAGAACCGAUGCUUCUCCGCCAACAUGACCAAAAAUAACCUCAAUGUCACCGUGCACGGCUGCAUCUCCAACAACCUGUGUAACAUCCCGGACAACCUCGUCGCUCUGUACACCGAUUACCACCACCUGAGAUGGCAGUGAUGCAACUGAAGGAUGUAAAAUCCAAUCAAGGGACAUUAAAGGACAGUGAUGAUGUCACUCAACCAAGAUGAAAGGAAGGAAACCUGAAGAAAUCAAAGGUGGAGUCGGGGAUUUAUUUUCACAAGCGCUGUUAAGAAACUUCCCGGCCAAACAAGCGAUGAAACAAAGGAUCCCCAGACUGUGCUGCACCCAGCCGGAGCCCGUCCCUGUUGAGGAACCAGAACCUCUACCUGUACGGCAGCUGACUCCACCGCCACCAUGGAAAAACACGGUCUCCCAGAAGAAAGCGAAAGCUAACAGACGUACGCUGUACGACCCCGAGAAGGCCCGAAUGAUCGCGUCGCAGCCCAUGCUGGUCCGGCUGGCUGAAGACAACGACAUCCGGCAGAUCGAUUAUGCGAUAAGAGAAACCAAGUGCGACGCCGUUAGAGAGGAGCAGAUUUUGAAAAACGCAGAAUUAAGGGAAUCGGUCGGAAAGGGGUGUGACUUCGACUUCGACGACCCAAACGGCAUCAACAGGAAGUUCUGGGACACCAUUGACAAGCGAGAGAAGGUGCGCAAUGACUUUUUGGAGAAAGAGAGGAAGAAUAUUCGCAAGCAGUACGGCCACAUCAUAGAGCUGAAGAAGCUGCGGGAGCUGAAGAAGAAACUCGACAAAGAGAGUAUGAGCAAAGUAGAUGAACUCAACAAAGAGCACGACCGCAAGGCGAACGAGAAGAAGAAAGAGGCCCAGCAGAGACUGAUGGAGAGGAUCACCCAACAGAACAGCAAAAUCAUGGAGACGAAGAAGAAACAGGAGGAGGAGCAGAAGAUCAUGGACAUGAGGGCGAUGGAGAUCAACCGUCACUACCAGCAGCUGAAGGACGAGAACGAGAGAAAGUGGCGACAGAGGCACGUGGAGAGAGAGAAGAUGAGACAGGCUCGCUACGACAGCACCGUGGUGGACCUGAACAUGCGCACGCAGGCGGAGCAGGGCAGGAAGGAAAUCUGGAAGGCCGAUCCAAACGCGGUGAAGUUUGGACGCAUCGAAGAGCACAAGGACAAAGUGCUCCAGGAAAUCAAGGAGGUCGGGAUUCCAGAUAAACUGAUCUACGGAGCCAGCAGGAAGUCGAACAUCAUCAUCAAGAAGGCCAAGUCUUCAGACCCCAGUCUGGCCCCCUCGGCCAUCAGGGUAAACAUUUUAGCAUGGGAAUGAGCCGGCACGCUAGGAAUUCUGGAGUUCCUGCUCCACCAGUGUGAGGAACUCUGUCUUUGAACGACCAAGUUCUCUGGACAUAUGAUGAGGAACAGGUUUGGUGUUUUUGUUUUGUUUUUAAAGAU